AUGGAGAUUCCCAGACCCGAGGAAGGUGAUGUUGAUAUCGGUAUGUUGACUGGCGACCUUGACCUUGUUUGGAACGAAUACUUAUCGUCUUUGUUAGGAACUGGGACGUUUCAGGCUUGCUGGGUCCUCACUGCUGUCGUGGGUGUGGCUUUGUUAUUUCGUUAUGCAAUCAAGAUAUGGGUCCGCUGGGCCUUGCCUCAAGUCACAGCGCCUGAAAGAGUAUGGGGGAUCGAAGACUUAUUCUUCCUUGUCGCGUACGGAUUCGAUGUCACCCACAUGGCAUUCAUUCAAAUGAGCGCAAAUUCUGGCCUUGGGAGACACUUCUAUUAUCUCGAUCCCACUGAGCGCUUUCAGUCUAUGAAAUGGGAUUUUCUCUCACAACCACUCGCAGUAGCUUCGGCGAUGAUAUCCCGCUCUGGCAUGAUGUGGUUCCUGUUGACUUGCUUUGCAGCAAGCGACAAGAAGAUCCGAAUCUCCAUCAUUAUCUGCGCUAUCAUUCAACUUGUUGCCAAUAUGAUCACUAUAGUUCAGAUUGUUGUCCAGUGCGGGCCAAACCCUUAUCAAGCAAGCAACCGUGUCGAGUAUUUCCACUACAUGUGGACGCCCCUACCAAAAGACGGCUCAGUGAAAUGCCAGUCACCAACCGUUCAGACAACCGUUGGAUUUGUGCAAGGAGGUUUUAACACCGUCAUCGACUACUUUCUUGCUGUUCUUGCUGCAGUUGAAUUGUGGCAGUUCUUCUUGAGGACUUUGCACCGCAACCCAAACUUGUCAUUCUGGUCGCAAUUCAGUAGGAUCAGUGGCACAGUCCGAUCCCGACGAAUUUGGCAAACCAUCACCCUUAGCGGGCCAUUACUCCUCUCCGGGUGUGCUUCUAUAGUCAAAACAUAUAAACUCAAAUCCCUCGGUGAUCGACAAGACUUCACUUACAACAUCGUCACUUUUGUCUUAUGGGUGAAAAUCGAGAACUACAGUAUUCUCCUCGCCUCAUGCGCCCCAGUAGCCCGCCUGUUCCUCCGCGCCUUCGUAGACCACAGACGCGAAGGCCGUUCGCACGGCGGAUACUGGUCACGCUCAAGAUCCACAAACGACAACGAUCCCGAUACAGAGCUGAAACGCCGGCAUGCUGCGAAAGAUAAAUGGUUUGAUUCAGCUACCGCGACCAAUUUCCAGAUGGGGGAUGAGGAGAAUCCAGCAACUCGCUGGGAUGGGUAUGAACAUGAGCGUUCUGAGAGUCGGGUUUCCAAGGCUGAAAUGCCGGAACAUCUAGAUGAUGGCUGUGUUACUGUGAAAACGGAUAUUUCUGUUCAGGUUGAUGAUGGGAGAUCGGUCUCUUCAGGUGGAGCGAGACUUUUGCCUGAGGGGGGUGAGAAUUCUGCGAAAUACUAG